CCGAAUGCUUGUAAAGCGUCAGUUCAGCGCACAUGUGUUUCACUCAGCUGGUGUCUCACUGCGUGCGCACACACCGCGCGAGACGCACGCCGGAGGACAACCGGACCGCUGAAUUUACCGGAAUACCGUUAAAACAGCAUCACUCCGGAUGAGCGGUGAAGCAGUGACGCAGGCCACGCGCUCGGACAGACAAGACGCGCGUCCGGACGCGUUCAAGAAUCAGGUGUGCAGGUGCCAACUGGGAUACCGAAGCAAUGAUUAUCUGUCAGUCACAGCAGAGCCGGCUCCCCUCAGCUGUCUGUGACCAAUCAAGAGUGUCAGAGUGAACAAGAGGGUGGAGCCGGUCCGAUGACGGACAAACGAAACAUCCACUCAAGCUUAGAGCCCCGCCCCCAAUCUCCACCUCAGCAAUGGUCACAUAGAAGCACAGAGACAUUUGUGUCAUGUUCCUCUUGUUUUACAUCCCCAAAAGAACGUGAACAUGUAGAUUGAACUCCAGUUUUCCUUCUUUUAGCUGUUUGUUUGUUUGUUUGUGUGAUGCCCGGCGUGCUCCGCCUGCGCCGUCUUGUUCGCCAGGUGCCGCUACAGACCAGCUUCGUCUUCCUCUUCCUCCUCUGCGUUCUCAGCGUCUUCCUCUCUUCCUACUUCCUGUAUGCUGUCAAACGAGAGCUCGAGCCGUCCGUGACAGCAGGACGUGCAGCCGAUGACCUCUACGUGACCUCUUCUCGACCACUCCCCUUCCUUGCUCGAGUGGGUGGGACAUUGUCGUCCGAUGGCUCGCGGACGGAUCCGGUCGUGCUGGUGUUCGUGGAGAGUCAGUAUUCGCAGCUCGGCCAGGAGAUCGUGGCCAUCCUGGAGUCUGCGCGAUUCCGGUACCGGAUGGAAAUUUCUCCCGGAAAAGGGGACAUGCCCACGUUAACGGACGGACAGCGGGGCCGCUUUGUGCUGAUUGUGUAUGAAAACAUCCUGAAGUAUGUGAACAUGGAUGCCUGGAAUAGGGAAUUACUGGACAGAUACUGUAUCGAGUUUGGAGUUGGAAUUAUUGGCUUCUUUAAGGCCAAUGAGAACAGUCUGUUGAGUGCGCAGCUGAAAGGAUUCCCUCUGUUCCUGCACUCCAACCUGGGACUGAAGGACUGUACUGUCAACCCUAAAUCACCUCUUCUUCAUAUCACACGAGCGCAGCAGGUGGUCAGCGGUCCUCUUCCCGGGGAUGAUUGGACAGUCUUCCAGUCCAAUCACUCCACCUACGAGCCGGUUCUGCUGGCGAAAACCCGUACGGGGGAGAGCGUUGGGCUCGGUGCUCUUCUGCACACCUCCGUGGUGCAAGAUCUCGGGCUGCACGACGGGAUCCAGAGGGUCCUGUUCGGACACAACCUUUCCUUCUGGCUUCAUAAGCUGGUGUUUGUGGACGCCAUGUCCUUCCUCACCGCAAAGAGACUGUCUCUGUCCCUGGACCGCUUCAUAUUGGUGGACAUCGAUGACAUAUUUGUGGGCAAGGAAGGGACCAGGAUGAAGGUGGCGGAUGUUAAGGCAUUGGUUGAAACUCAGAAUGAGUUGCGGAGGUCGAUUCCAGACUUCACCUUUAACCUGGGCUUCUCAGGGAAGUUCUUUCAUGCAGGUACUGAUGAGGAGGAUCUGGGUGAUGAUCUGCUGCUGUCGUACGUUCAUGAGUUCUGGUGGUUUCCUCACAUGUGGAGUCACAUGCAGCCACACCGCUUCCAUAACCAGAGUGUGUUAGCGGAGCAGAUGAUCCUGAACCGACGCUUCGCUGAGGAUCACUCUAUCCCGACUCAUCUGGGUUACGCAGUGGCUCCUCAUCACUCCGGCGUGUAUCCCGUUCACAUCCAGCUGUACGAGGCCUGGAAGCGCGUAUGGGACAUCAGAGUGACCAGCACUGAGGAGUAUCCACAUCUCAAACCCGCUCGGUUCAGACGUGGAUUCAUUCACCGCGGCAUCAGAGUCCUGCCCAGGCAGACGUGUGGCCUGUUCACACACACCAUCUUUCACAAGGACUAUCCCGGCGGCCCACAGGAGCUGGAUCGGCUCAUUGACGGAGGAGAGCUGUUCCUCACUGUCCUGCUCAACCCCAUUAGCAUAUUCAUGACGCACCUGUCCAACUACGGGAAUGACCGUCUGGGUUUGUACACCUUCAAACGUCUGCUCAACUUCCUGCUCACAAGGACUCAUCUGAAACUACAGACACUUCCUCCGCUGCAGCUCGCCGAGAAAUACUUCCACCUGUUCCCGUCUGACGCCGAGCCGCUCUGGCAGGACCCCUGUGAGGAUAAAAGACACAAGGACAUUUGGUCAAAAGAGAAAACCUGCGACCGCUUCCCAAAGCUGCUGCUCAUCGGCCCUCAGAAGACUGGAGCGACAGCUCUCUAUUUAUUUCUGGGGAUGCACCCUGAUCUCACCAGUAAUUACCCUAGUAAAGAGACGUUUGAGGAGAUUCAGUUCUUCAGCGGUCACAAUUAUCACCGAGGCAUCGACUGGUAUAUGGAAUAUUUCCCCCUCCCGUCUAACAACAGCUCUGAAUAUUAUUUUGAAAAAAGUGCCAAUUAUUUUGAUUCGGAUGUAGCCCCGUCCAGAGCCGCAGCGCUGCUGCCCAGAGCUAAAAUCAUCACGGUCCUGAGUGAUCCUGCAGACAGAGCGUUCGCCUGGUACCAGCAUCAGAGAGCUCAUGCUGAUCCUGCGGCUCUGAAAUACUCUUUCCAUGAUGUCAUUACCGCAUCCCACAAUGCACCUGUGAAGCUGCAGAUUCUGCAGAAGCGUUGCCUGGUUCCAGGAUGGUACGCCACACACCUCAGGCGCUGGCUCGACCACUACCACCACAGCCAGAUUCUGGUUGUAGAUGGUCAGACGUUGAAAACAGAUCCAGCUUCAGUUAUGGAGAAGAUCCAGACAUUUCUGGGUUUGGAGAAUCGAGUCAACUAUCACAAAAUACUGGCGUUUGACCCAAAGAAAGGCUUCUGGUGUCAACUGCUGGACGGAGGACAGACCAAGUGUCUAGGGAAGAGUAAAGGACAGAGAUACCCGGACAUGGACACACAGUCUCAGGUGUUUUUGAGGAACUACUACAGAGACGGUAACAUCGAGCUCUCGAAACUGCUGUAUAAAAUGGGUCAGAUUCUGCCCGGAUGGCUCAGAGAGGAACUGCUCAACAUCAGGUAACAGAGUCUCUCGCCGUGCUGAUGUCACGAGCGUCUGGAGUGCCAGAGGAUCAUCUGGACUGGACAACAUGGAGUUGGGCUUACAGGAGGGAGUUUGCUCUUACCUAGAUGAGUUUCAGCCGUUUCAUCAAGGAAACCUAAAAGUGAAUUUAAAGAACUGACUUAAAAGCACAUUAACUCGCUGAUACUAAAGGCCAGUAUUUCUGAACUAACUCUUAUCUGUCCUGUUAUUGACACUGGAUCAGACUGUGCUGAACUGAUAUGAAGAUCUGAGUUCACUUCGCAGAGACUGAGACGAGACGGUGAUUGUGUGUAAUGUUGCAAACUCAUGAACAAUUUUUUUACUCAACAAAUUUGAUACAGACUCAGUACAGUUUUAUAAAGAAGUCAAAAAUCAUGACAAUGAACUGAUAUGGACAUCUGCAUUGUGGUUUUUUUUUUACAUUUGUAACUAGUUUGGGGUAGUUUUAUGUUUUCCAACAUGGACGUUAAAGGAAUCUUUUCACUCACCCUCAUGUCUUUCCGAAUCGAAGGACCUUCUUUCUUCUGUGAAACUCUGUCAAAGCUCUAAAAAUGACAGAAAAGUACAUAACACUACUGAUUUGUACACUAUUCUCCAGGUCUUCAUGUGACAGACUGAAAUUUAAAUUUUAUUCAUGUUCAUUCUAUGAAAUAUCAUCUUUUGUGUUUCACAGAGGAAAGUCAUACAUGAAUGACAUUACUGUGAGUAAAUCAUUGUUUUGGUGAACUAUCCCUUGAAAUUUGCAGCUCUCAAGUUAAAUAGUUCAGAAAUCUUUAGUUUUUACAUCAGCAGAGACUCAUUUCUAAUGUAGUGCAGCUCUUAUAACACAACUUAAAGUACCAUUCAAGUGUUUAUUGUAUGAGAAGAGCCUGUUUUCACAAUGUCAGUGUGUCAGUUUAUUUUCUCAUUAUGGUUGAAACACAACUUAUUUGGGGGAAUGUGUUAUUGAAGUGAUGAAAUGAUGUUUUUACUCACCCUUGUGUCAUUCAAAACCCUUCAGUGGAACACAAAAGGCACAAAAAUGGUGUAUGAAGUCUGUCUUCCGAAUUUAUAUGAUAUUUACGCUCCAGUUCUUAAAUCUCAUUCACAGGUUUGAUGUCAGUGAAAUCAAACACCACUGGCUUUCAUGUGUCUCAUAACUGCAUUUUUCCCUUAAUGUUCCUGGCUUUUUUUAUUUAUACAUUCAUUUUUCCCCAUAAAGGUCAGCUGUCGCCUGUGUUCACUAGAGCUGGUGUGAAUUUCUUUCAUGCAUGAAGAUGAGAUUAUAAUGCAUUGAAUAUCGGGCAGAUGAUGAAAAGAUCUGUCGUUUAUAGGAAACCUGUGGAGGUACGAUGGUAAGAAUACAUUGGCGUUAUCAGUUUUAUUACUCAAGUAGUGUUCAAAAACAUGGUAUUACCACGGUUUCUGUGGAUUAUUGAUACGGUAAUACAAAUAUAUGUAAGUAGAUUGAAGCGUCUUUCACUACAUGAUUGACAAAUUAAUUCUCAUGUUUUCUUCUUUGUUUGAUGCCUGACCUGGUCAAACAGAUGCAGAUUAGAACUGAACAAAAUAAAACACUGCUACUAAUGCUGGA